GUGCGGGGAAGAGCGAUUGCGCCUGUGCGACUUGUUUUUGCGCGCUUCACGUAGUGACGUAUGCGUCUCUCCUGCGCCGGGCUUACGGGGAGCCGGGAGGCUGUAGAAAACCAUUGUCUCCCGCAGGGCCCAGAAAUAAAUGAAUUUCCUGGACCAAAUUGCCGCCUAGAGACUUGGUUUUCUUAUCUGUCAAAUGCAGACCUCUAGGGUGCUUGCCUCUUUGGGUUGUUUUGAGCGCCCACGUUUUGUCAGCUGCUGUUGUGUUCUGUGUAGGCACCUGGAGCUUGGACCCCUCAGUUAAGCCGUUUGUGAAAUGGAUUGAGAGGGGCUGGAUCACCUAGCCACCAAAGCCUUUUCUUGGCUCUGUUAACAUUACUCAGAUCCUAAGUUUUUAUUUGCUUUAUCUUCAUUUGUUAUUUGUUGUAUAUAAUCAUGACACGGUGUCCUGAAGCCAUCGAAGGCUGUGUGAUGGUGGAAAGUCUGGGACAAAUUUAAGAAGAGAGAGGUGAGCUGGAGAUGAGCGGGGUGGGCACACAGGCUACACAGGAAAUGUCACCUCUUUAGAGAUUUGUGAAGCCAUGGUUGGGGUUGAGAGGCUCACCAGCCAUAGUUAAAAUUCUGUCAUUAUCCGUCCCUAACACCUCUUCCUUUCCUAAUUCUCCUAAUUCACUCUUCGCUGAGGUUAGCUGCCCGCAAGCAGUGUUUCGUUGUUGAUGGCAUCUAGAGAAAUGCUGAGGUUCCUGCUCCCCGUUGCCUCAGACAUACAGAAUGGUAGUGCAGACAGGUCCUUUUUGGGUUAUCAGUUUCUUGCUGAAAGAUGCAAAAAGAAAUGAGCCCGAGAAGAUGACUGGCUCAGAUCAUGCAGCUUGUUAGUGACAGAAUCACAAUUGAAAGUCAGGUCUGCAGAUUCCUGGGCCACAGCCCAUUUUGUCAUUUUGUUAGGUCAGAGUUAGCUUUUUAUUAAAAGAUCGUUUUGAAAAUUGUAAGCAGCUUAGAACAAACUUUAAAAAAAAAAUAAAUCUUGCCUUAAACACUCCCAUCUCUUUUUUGAGAGGUUUCUUUGAUUAUCCGAUCUCAUAGGAUUAAUGGUGUCAGCAGAUGAGAGUCAGAUAGGACUCAGUGACUAAGCAACAACAGUAAGAACCUCAGUUUGACAACUCCCUAGUGUAUCAUUUUAGUUUACUGUUCUGUGUUAAGCAUCCUCUCAUGUUUUUAAUUUUUCUGUGUCACAAAACCUAAAUUGGUAAUAAAUCUUCCCAACCCAGGGAUCGAACCCAGGUCUCCAGCAUUCUUUACGGACUGAGCCACCAGGGAAACCCAGGAAUAAAUCAGUAAGAAGCAAAUGUUUACAGUCACUCAGUGAAAAGUAUAAGGUCUAAUGUCAACAUAAAUGGGAGCCACACAUGAGCAGGUAACUCUCCCUCCUCCACUAAGUGAAAAAUGAACAAAUCCCAGGAGCAAGUGUCAUUCAAAGAUGUUUGUGUGGACUUCACCCAGGAAGAGUGGUACCUGCUGGGUCCUGCUCAGAAAAUAUUAUACAGAGACGUGAUCCUAGAAAAUUACAGCCACCUUGUCUCAGUAGGGAAUUGCACUACUAAGCCUGAAGUGGUCUUCAAGAUUGAGCAAGGAGAAGAGCCUUGGAUACUAGAGGAAAGAUUCCCAAAACAGUGCCGCUCAGAAGACUGGAAAGUUGAUGACCUAAUAGAGAGCACCCAGGAAAAUCAAGAUGAACAUUUUUGGCAACUUGCUUUCACCAGCAACAAAAUAUUAAGUACAGAUAGUGGUGACAGAGUAAGGAAAACUUUAAAUCUAGGUACAGACUCCAUUCCUUCAAGCAAUUUUCUAUAUAAAAUAUGUGACUCAUGUGAAUUGAGUUUGAAAAAUAUUUCAGGCUUAAUUAUUAACAGAAACAACUAUUCUAGAAAGAAGCCUGAUGAGUUUAAUAUAUAUGAGAAAUUGCUCCUUGAUAUUGGGCAUGACAAAACUCCUCCUGGAGGGAAAUCUUAUAAAUAUAAUCAACAAAAGAAUGUCCUCAAUCAUGGACAGGAUCUCACUCAGUCCAUUUUUGACCAGCCUUUUGAGUAUAAUGAAAAUGGAAGAGGCAACCAUGGAGAGGCAGCCUUUUUCACAAAUAAGAAAGUUCAGAUAGGAGAGACACAUUGUAAAUAUAAUGAAUGUGGAAGAACAUUCAUCCAGAGUUUGAAGCUCAAUUUAUCUCAGAGAACUCAUUUUGAAAUGGAACCGUGUGAAUGCAGCAUUUGUGGUAAGUCCUUCUAUGUGGACUUAAGACUGGGACAUCAGAGAGCUCUUACGGGAGACAAUCCUUAUGAAUAUAAUGAAUAUGGGCAAAUUUUCUGUGACAAUUCAACUUUCGUUAUCCAUCAGGGAACUUACACAAGAAAGAUUCCCCAUGAAUAUAAAGUCUCUCACAAAACAUGGGAAAAGUCAGCUCUCUUUAAACAUCAGAUAGUAAACAUGGGAGAAAAACCUUAUGAGCACAAUGAAAACGGAAAUACUUCGAACAAGAAGUCACAUCUCACCCAACUUCGAAGAGCUCACUCAGGAGAAAAAACCUUUGAGUGUGGUGAAUGUGGGAAAACAUUCUGGGAGAAGUCAAACCUCACUCAGCAUCAGAGAACGCACACAGGAGAGAAACCCUAUGAAUGUACUGAAUGUGGGAAAUCCUUUUGUCAGAAACCACAUCUUACCAACCAUCAGCGAACACAUACAGGAGAAAAACCCUAUGAGUGUAAGCAGUGUGGGAAGACAUUCUGUGUGAAGUCAAACCUCACCGAACAUCAGAGAACACACACAGGGGAGAAACCCUAUGAAUGUAAUGCAUGUGGAAAAUCCUUCUGCCACAGGUCAGCCCUAACUGUUCAUCAGAGAACACACACAGGAGAGAAACCCUUUAUAUGUAACGAAUGUGGAAAAUCCUUCUGUGUGAAAUCAAACCUCAUUGUACAUCAAAGAACUCACACAGGAGAGAAACCAUACAAAUGUAAUGAAUGUGGGAAAACGUUCUGUGAGAAAUCAGCUCUCACUAAACAUCAGAGGACUCACACAGGGGAGAAACCCUAUGAGUGUAAUGGAUGUGGGAAAACCUUUAGUCAGAGGUCAGUACUCACUAAACAUCAGAGAAUUCACACAAGGGUGAAAGCUCUUUCAGCAUCCUGAACAUUCAGAAGGCUUCAUCCACUCUUUCAAAUUUAUUAUACAGGUUUUUAAAAUGAGAUGAAUGGAACCCAAAGAAUAUCACAAAUUCCUUUAGAGAUUUUGUUGUAGUUCAGAUAAUUAUUACUAGAAUAAAACCUUAUUCAUGCUUUGAAUAUGUAAAAGCUUUCCAAAAAAAGUAAAACUUUUCAUCAGAAAAUUUAUAUUGAAGGGAAAUUCAUUGACAUAAUAUGGUGAAAAAAAAACUUUGUCUAGAAUUUAUGUUGUGUAGUGCCAUAUUCUGGAUGUGAUACAAAAAUUUUAUUGUUAAUAUAAUGGGUGAUAUUUGCAGUCAUAUUCACAUUGGAAUCUGAAGUUUAAAGAAGUUAAAUGACAAGAGCAUUAAA